UGGCUCCACCAGUGUAAACGCAUUACCUCUAUAAACAUAGAGACAGAGACGGAGAGCCCUCUUUUUUGGUGGUCAUAUAGCCACAGCACCAUUUCCAGAAGUAUCCGAGUAUAACAGCCAGAGAGAAAAAGCAUAUUGAAAUUCUGUCGUCCUGGUCCCGACUCCCAACACCUCUCUCUCUCUCUCUCUCUGUGCUGCUCCAGCCUCAACUUUUGUUUUUUUCUCUCUCACGCAAAACAUACAGUAUACUCUCCCUGGUCAUUGCUACGCGUACAUGUACUUUCCAAGAGAUUCUGAACGCGUUGGACGACUCUAUUGCUUUAAAAAGUUUGGAUAAAUCAUUGCUUGCUUUUGAAUUUGCCUCUCUUGAAUUGGCCGUGGGAAAAAGGGGUCUGAUCAAUCAAUGAGGGGGUUGCCGAAGCACGAGCGCCGAUGGGCGUCCGAUACGGUUCCUGGAAAAGCGAUGAGCGCGGGCUCGUCGCCCGCGACCGAGAGUGGAUCGGCGGAGGAGUUUGUGGAGGUGACGCUUGAUCUGCAAGAUGAUGAUACGAUUGUGUUGAGGAGUGUAGAGCCGGCGACGGUAAUUAAUGUUGAUCAGGAGGGCAGUGCCACUCCGGCAUCGGCGUCGGGGUCGAGGUCACCGACGUCGAUCAGGAGGAGUUCGUCGAGCAGGUUGCGGCAGUUCUCGCAGGAGCUGAAGGCGGAGGCGGUGGCAAAGGCGAAGCAGUUUUCGCAGGAGCUGAAGGCUGAGCUUAAGAGGUUUUCAUGGAGCCAUGGCCAUGGCUCGCGCGCGAUGUCUUCUGCGGUUGCUUCCGUGCAUAGCGCCGGCGGUCCAGGCUCCGGAUUCGACACCGCUUUAGCGGCUCGUGCUCUCCGUCGGCAGCGAGCUCAGCUCGACCGGACUCGGUCCGGUGCUCAGAAAGCUCUUCGUGGAUUGAGAUUCAUCAGCGCCAAAACAAACAGCGUUGAUGCAUGGAACGAAGUUCAGAGCAAUUUCGAUAAGCUUGCCAAAGACGGUUUUCUAAACCGUUCCGAUUUCGCACAAUGCAUAGGUAUGAAAGAUUCCAAGGAAUUCGCGUUGGAAUUAUUCGAUGCUCUGAGUAGGAGACGAAGAUUGAAGAUGGACAAGAUCACCAGAGACGAGCUCUACGAGUUCUGGUCUCAAAUCGCCGAUCAAAGCUUUGAUUCUCGACUCCAGAUCUUCUUCGACAUGGUGGACAAAAAUGAAGAUGGGCGCAUCGCCGAGGAAGAAGUUAAAGAGAUUAUUAUGCUCAGUGCUUCUGCAAAUAAGUUAUCCAGACUGAAGGAACAGGCGGAGGAGUAUGCAGCCUUGAUCAUGGAAGAGUUGGAUCCGGAGAGGCUCGGAUACAUAGAGCUAUGGCAACUGGAGACGCUACUCUUACAGAAGGACACGUAUCUGAACUACAGUCAGGCACUCAGCUACACGAGCCAAGCCUUGAGUCAGAACCUGGCGGGGCUGAGAAAGAGAAGCUCAAUACAAAGAAUGAGCACGAAGCUGUUGUAUUAUCUACAAGAGAACUGGAGGAGGAUUUGGGUUAUUUGCUUAUGGGUUCUGAUCAUGGCUGGGUUAUUUAUGUGGAAGUUCUUUGAGUACAGGCAGACGAAGGCCUUCCACGUCAUGGGUUACUGCCUCUUAACCGCUAAGGGCGCAGCCGAGACCCUCAAGUUCAACAUGGCUCUCAUCCUCUUGCCUGUUUGCAGGAACACCAUCACUUGGCUCAGGUCCACCAAGCUGGGCCUCUUUGUACCUUUUGACGACAACAUCAACUUUCACAAGACGAUUGCUGGAGCCAUUGUAGUUGGUGUUAUUCUCCACGCGGGAAACCAUCUUGCAUGUGAUUUUCCAAGACUUGAAAAGGCAACCCAAAUAAAUUAUAACGAUUACUUAAUUGAAUUCGGAUCAGAUAAACCAACCUAUGCAGACCUGGUUCGAGGCAAGGAGGGUGUGACUGGAAUUCUAAUGGUGCUUUUAAUGCUGAUUGCUUUUACGCUUGCAACAAGGUGGUUUAGGCGGAGCCUUGUUAAGCUACCCAAGCCCUUUGAUAGGAUCACUGGCUUCAAUGCCUUCUGGUAUUCGCACCACCUUUUUGUCAUUGUCUACAUCUUGCUGAUCAUCCACGGAACUUAUCUUUAUCUUGUGCACAAGUGGUACCUCAAGACGACAUGGAUGUACCUUGCAGUUCCUGUCUGCCUAUAUGCAGGAGAAAGGACCUUGAGAUUGUUUCGGUCUGGCUUCUAUGCUGUCCGGCUUCUUAAGGUUGCUAUUUAUCCAGGAAAUGUCCUCACAUUGCAAAUGUCCAAGCCCCCCCAGUUCCGUUACAAGAGUGGACAGUACAUGUUUGUUCAAUGCCCUGCAGUUUCUCCAUUUGAGUGGCAUCCAUUCUCUAUUACCUCAGCUCCUGGUGAUGACUUCCUUAGCAUUCACAUCCGGCAACUAGGUGAUUGGACACAAGAACUAAAAAGGGUAUUUUCAGAAGCAUGUGAGGCUCCUAUAGCUGGGAAGAGUGGGCUGCUCAGAGCUGAUGAAAGUACAAAGAAAAGUUUGCCAAAACUCUUAAUCGAUGGGCCUUAUGGAGCUCCAGCACAAGACUACAAGAAGUAUGAUGUCCUGCUACUUGUUGGACUUGGAAUUGGAGCUACGCCCUUCAUCAGUAUUUUGAAGGAUUUGCUCAACAACAUUGUCAAAAUGGAGGAGCAGGAUUCAGUAUCAGAUUUCAGUAGGAUAUCAGACCAGAGUGCUGGGACUACUGAUUCUCCCUCCCUCAAUAGGAUCUCCCCGAAAAGAAGGAAAACUUUGAAAACCACCAAUGCUUACUUUUACUGGGUAACCAGGGAGCAAGGUUCAUUUGAUUGGUUCAAAGGGGUCAUGAACGAAGUUGCAGAGCUUGACCAAAGGGGUGUGAUUGAGAUGCACAACUACCUAACCAGUGUGUACGAGGAAGGAGAUGCCCGGUCAGCUCUCAUCACAAUGGUCCAAGCACUCAACCAUGCCAAGAAUGGGGUUGACAUUGUGUCUGGCACCAGGGUUAGGACACAUUUUGCUAGGCCUAACUGGAAGAAGGUUUUUUCUAAAACAGCUACCAAGCACGCUAAUGCAAGGAUAGGAGUUUUCUAUUGUGGUGCACCAGUCUUAGCCAAAGAGCUCAGCAGGCUCUGCUAUGAGUUCAAUCAAAAAGGUUCCACCAAGUUUGAAUUCCACAAGGAACAUUUCUAAAAAAAUCUGAGGUGUACAUACACCCCCACUUCAACUCUUCCAUCUACUCCUAAAACCCUUCGUCUUGAAUUUUUUGUAAUAGACUUGAAAGGCAAACCCAUAUAGCACGAAGCAUUUGUACAGUAUUGGGUAGAAAGGACAAGCAGAAGAAAAGUAUAUCUAUACGAUUAUUUUUCUGUGUA